GCAUUCCCGUAAGCAGAAAGGACCUCCGCAAACCUCGUAUUCUCCUUGCCUGCUUUAUCCUUGCAAUUUUCGACAGGUUCCGCUCAUCCCUUACCCUCGGUGCCGUCUGUCUGUCCCUACUGUCGUUGACUGUAUUCGUAGUCUCAUGGCGGAAGUCAAACGAGAGCAUGACUCACCUACCAGUGGGACCCAAGCAAAACCAAAACAACCUCCAAAGACAGACCCAAAGGCGGGCGCAAAACCCGCCAGCGGUACCAGAUCGCCAAACUAUCGUCUGAGAUAUACCCUUACUGGUCACACCAAGUCUAUAUCUUCUGUAAAGUUCUCUCCAGAUGGAAGAUGGCUGGCAACAGCUUCUGCCGAUAAUACCGUACGAUUGUAUCAUGCAGCGACAGGCCAAUAUGAGAUGACCCUCACAGGCCACAUGCAAGGAAUAUCUGAUAUCGCUUGGUCAUCAGAUUCAAAGGACAUUUGCUCUGCUUCUGAUGAUAUGACCAUUCGCAUAUGGAACAUUAGCUCGUCGGAGGCCAUAAGAGUAUUGAAGGGACACACGAAUUACGUAUUUUGCGUCAACUUUCAUCCCCACAAUAAUCUAAUCGUCUCCGGAUCAUUCGAUGAAAGCGUACGGAUCUGGGACGUAAAGAAGGGGAAGUGCUUGAAAACUCUGCCCGCGCAUUCAGACCCAGUAUCAGCUGUCUGCUUCAACCGAGAUGGGACAGUUAUCGUGUCAUGUAGUUAUGAUGGACUCAUUCGAAUUUGGGACACAGCAACAGGGGAUUGUUUAAAAACCAUUGUUGAUGAUAAUAAUCCCCCAGUUUCCUUUGUCAAAUUCUCUCCUAACGGUAAAUACAUCCUCGCAUCAAGUCUGGACAACACAUUGAGAUUAUGGAGCUACUCCAACGGCAAAUGUCUAAAGACGUAUACGGGCCACCAAAACUCAAAGUAUUGCGUAUUCGGCUCUUUCUCGGUUACCGGUGGAAAAUGGAUUGUGAGUGGAUCUGAGGAUCACUUGAUAUAUAUAUGGAAUUUGCAGACAAAAGAGAUUGUGCAGACAUUAGCUGGGCAUACAGACGUCGUUCUGUGUGUGGCGUGCCAUCCGACAAUGAACAUGAUCGCUUCUGGUGCCAUCGAUAAUGACAUGACGGUCCGAGUGUGGGUAGACGAUGGACCAUCAUAAACUGCCCGAACAGAUCUGCAACAUAAUGCAAGUGCAACUACAUGUAAUUACUUCCUUCUUGACUGUCCAUAAAUAUGAGUGCUGGGUGUGGUGAUAAGAUCUUAGUUCCUUUACCAAUCAUCAGAGAAAAGGUUAUGAUCACGUAUGCAAUUUAGAAACAUUUGAUUUCCCA